AUGCGAAAGGAACCACCUGCUGCCAUUUCUACCGAGAUACCCUCUGAAAGCACAUGCUUAUUACCUGUGGACAGCAACAACACAACAUUGGAGCUAAGGGAAUCAACAAACAACCGAGGCAUGGCAGUUACUGUGUACCGCAAAUGCAUCGCCUCCAAGCUCUUCAGUCUCUUGCCUUCGCUUGCUCUGGGAUCAGCCAUUUGGUUUGGAGUGACUCCAUCAGACGAACUCACACUGACAUCCAUUCGGUUGCUUGCUGUGUUUACAAGCUGUAUUUUUGCACUCAUCACUACGUCAGUUGAUAUAUCAGUGCUGGUGUUGACCGCCCUGACACUGCUGUCCAGCACGCAUUCAUUUGUAUGUGAAGAUCAUGUUACAGGCAUGAGCACGGAAUGCCGUCUCUGCGGAGAGAUCAAUCCCAUUACAGAGGUGCCUUUUGAAUGCAACGGUGGCAAAGAGGCCUUUCACCAUUCGUUAGAGGGGUUCUCUAGCUCUGUUGUAUGGUUGAUUUUUGCUGCUUUCCAUCUGGGAAAAGCUGUUGAAGUGACACAGCUUGGAAAGAGGAUAUCCUUAUUCAUGAUCCGCUCAUUCGGCAAGCAUGUCAUAGGUCUAGCAUAUGCCAUUUUGCUAUCAGAGUUAUUACUGGCUCCGGUUGUGCCUAGCAAUACAGCGAGAGGUGGUGGUAUAGUAUUACCCGUAGUACAUUCCAUUGCCACCACUUUAGGUUCAACACCAUCUCAGAACCCCAAGGUAGGUGGAUUUCUGAUGCUGGUUGGAGCCCACGCCAAUUUAUUGUCUGCCUCCAUGUAUUUGACAGGCAUGGCUCCCAAUCCCAUCGUCUUGGUCAAAGCAAAUACACUCUACCCUGAUUUGCAGUUUAAUUUCAUGACCUGGAUUGCAGGAAGCUCUGUUCCUGCAUUAGUCUGUGCUGCUAUUUUGCCCCUCCUGUUGGCCUGGUCAUGUGGUAUUUUUAAAUCAAAGGGGGAAUCUGCUCGUGUGGAAGAAGGUCAGCAACUGAAGGCGGAUGGAGAAGACAUUGUUCAGCACGCUUCUAAAGAAUUGCAUGCCAUGGGCUCCAUGUCAAGCAAAGAACUACAACUCUGCUUUGUUCUCUUUGCGUGUCUUGUGAUGUGGGUAACAUCCGGCUACACUAAAAUAGACUCAACCUUGGUUGCUUUAAUCGGCAUUGUAGCCUUGCUACAUAUGGGCACCAUUCAUUGGAAAGAUGUGGCCAACAAUACCAAUGCCUGGGAAACAUUGUUUUGGCUAGGUGGGUUUGUUACCAUUGCCACUCAACUCUCUGAAGCAGGCGCAUCUGGCUAUAUUGGUCAUAAAGUAUCUUUGGCUAUCACACAUCUCAGAUUGCCUGCAGUGCCGGCCUUGGCUAUCGCUUAUUUUCUGACUACAUUCAUGUUCUCCUCUCUGAGCGCUCAUACUGUGGCAUUUGUAGCUACUUUUUUGGAUGCGGGACAUUCAUUAGGCGCCAACCCAAUGAUACUGACUUGCUUGCUUGCUUAUUUUGGUGCUCUUGGUGGUUGUAUGACAAACUUUUCUACGGGAAGCUUGGCCAUGUAUUAUGCUCCAGGUUAUGUCUCUCGUUCAAAAUGGUUCACCAUUGGAGGCCAAAUAGCGCUAUUCUACCUUGUCAUCUACUUUACUGUGGGCAUGGGAUGGUGGAAAAUUCUCGGCUGGUGUUGA